AUGAUAUUGAAACAUCUCUUGCCCAUUCUACUUUUGUCCUGGUUUGCAAUUGUAGUCAAUGCUUCUCCCGGGGAUCGAUUGCCUGAAUUCAAACAAUGUGUUCAAGCCUGCCAGCAAUUGACAUGUGAUAACAUCAAACCAACCAAAUCUCUCAAGAGAUCAAAUCGGUUUUAUAAUAAAGAUUAUUUUGAUGAUCCAGUUAUCCCUCUUCAUCUAAAAUUAUUGCUAUGGGAUUGUAACUCAAACUGCGACUACCAAUGUCAAAAAAUCAUCAACUUCGUCAGAAAGUCCAAAAACCAAGAAAUCCACCAGUUUCAUGGAAAAUGGUAUUUCAAAAGAUUGUUUGGCUGCCAGGAACUAGCCUCUGCUGUUUUUUCAAUCUUGAAUUUCAUGAGUCAUUAUUAUGGUUACAACAUAUUGAAAAAAAACAUUUCAAUUGCUCAAAAACUAAAAAGCAGUCAUGGCAAUGGUUACAACAAGAACAACAAGAACAACAAUGAAAUCAUAACUUUACUAAACACCUACAAAUUCACUGCAAUAAUAUCAAUAUGUGCUUGGUUUUUCAGCACUGUUUUCCAUAUAAGAGACUUGAAUGUCACAGAAACAUUGGAUUACUUCUUUGCUGGCGCGACUGUCAUGUCUGGCUUUUAUUCGGUCACAACAAGAUGUUUCAAUUUGCAUUUGGUUCAAAAUUCAAAAAAAAGGGCUCUUUUCAUUGGUCUCUGUCUCUUUAUAUACUCCUGCCACAUCUUGCGAUUGACCAUCAAGUGGGGCUACAGUUAUAACAUGAAGUUCAACAUCUUCAUCGGCGUUGUGCAGUAUUUCGAAUGGUUCCACGUUGCAAUCACAUCCUUUGUCAGAUCCUGCAACAUGAAAGACAACAGCAGCCACGCCAAAAACAUCAGUCUCUUGAGCAGGUACACACUCACCAGCGAGAACUACUUCCACUUGACACCCAUUUUUCUUGUGCUCUGCGUCUCGUGUGGCAUGUCCUUCGAGUUGUUUGACUUUUCGCCCAUCAACGACCUCGUCGACGCCCAUGCUCUCUGGCAUGCCACCACUGUGCUUCCUGGCUAUCUCUGGUACCGGUGGAUGAUCUACGACAUCAACUGCUUCAAGGACAAAGCCAUCUAG